AUGGCUCAUGACCUUGAGGCUGAAGCCCAGCGUCUUUUGCGGGUAUUUGCUCAUUUGGGGCCCGAGGAUCUACCACAGAUAGCCUUUGGCCCAUCGGCGAAGGAGGCGUUCGACACGCAUGUGUUCAUGACUGCCAUUUUUAGGCGGGCCAUUUGCGCUACUGCAGUCGCCGACGAGCUUUUGUUGAAGAUGCAAGCUGUGGGCUUCAGGAGGGACCCUUGGACAGCGGAAAUCUUGAUUCAUCGAAUUCAAAACAACCAAGAGCUCCAACGCGUGAUUGUCGACUUUGCAAAACUUUGGCUCAUGGACUUUAUCCUGCCCUGCUGCUAUAAGCUGGAUAUCGACGUGACCACUCGAGAAAUGGAACGCUGUGCCAUUACCGGAAUCUAUAGCAGCCAGGCGUUCACCCCUAGUACCAAAGACGAAUAUGGCAAGCUGAUGUGUAUGCGAAUUAUUCCUGAAAACGUCCGCCACAACGAACAGGCUCAACAACUUAUUCGCAUCUUCACCGGCGGCCUCAUCAACACGGUUCGCGAGAAGAUCAACACUGCCGAAAAUGCCAUCCUCAUGUCUGAAACCAUCACAGAAACUUUUCGGAACUUCCAGUGGUCCCUGAAGCCAGCGCCAAGAAACAAUCGAGAGACUAUCAGGUCCAACCUCGUCGUGGAACGCCUCGCUCCUUUCCAAGUUCCAAAGAUUGCAGCCCUCCGGCCAGACAGCCCAGUAAUCCUCGGGGAUAACGUUGCCAGUAUGACCGUUAUUUGCCCUUCGCAGGACCUUUGUCGUUUGCACCUUGCUGCAGCGCAAAUUGUCGAUGAUUGCCGCCUUUUCUCAGCCAUCGAGAGAUACUUCAACUAA